AUGCUCAACUUUUUCAUUGUUGCUGCCCACGUUUUCGGUCUUGGUUCUAAAUUAAUGUUUUUGCAGUUCGAUCAGCUGAAAGAGUCAGCUGUGAAAACCGAGAAGCACGUAUCCUAUAACGACACAUUCUACUUCACAUUCAAUGUUGAUGAUCGUGAAUCCGUGGUUGAACUCGUCGAUCCUGGAAUGUGUCGCUCGAAAUUGCGUGAUGCAUUUGCAUUCCAUUUUCUUGCCGAGAAACUAACGAAGAAUGACAUGAAACUAGCUGGAGCUAGAUUGUCUUUCGUUUCGCAACCGUAUCCAUCUAAUGAGCAUACUGGAGCGAGGGAGAUGUCCAUACGAAAAGCAGAAGGCGCAAUGUUGUUCUAUUCGGCCCACUCAAUAAGUUCAUUUCAACAAAUCUCUGAACUGUUACCAGUUCUGUUGGUUUGUAUCGAAGAUGAGGCAGUGGAUGACUGCUGUGAGACAUCUUCAACAACUCACUCAUCGAUCUCUGAGGGGUACGAAUCUGAAACACCACAUUUAGUGAGAUCGGAGGGAUGUUGCCGUGCAAGAGGACCUAGCAUGGAAAAGACCCGCUCGUGUCACGAAGAAGGCAAACUUAGUCGCGAAAAGGGUGAAGAAUUGGCCAAAAAUAUAUCACCCAACUGUAAAUUUCUACCAAUCACGUUGGCGUCAUUCCAUGAAUCAGCAACAUUAAUGGCGGAUAUGAUACGUGAAAUACGAAGCAAGCAUUCGAAGAGACAUUCACGAUUCUCGCACAGUAUCAUUCAACGAAAACAGAAGGUACAGGCGUCGGGUGCACCUCACAAGCGCGUAGUGAAUGCAAAAAGCUCAUCACUGAACUCUACGAGCCUUCAGAAAAGUGCCAAAAUGAAAGUUGUUUCGGCUGUAUGCACAAUAUCAUAA